AUGAGGGCACAAGUGCAAGCGCAGAGGACAGACGUCAACCAGAAGACAAUCACUGCCGCACAGAGUCUGCAGUCUGUACAGACGCUUCUGAGGGCGGGUCUGGGAUGUAUAGCUUAUCUGAGAGAUCUGCUUCCAUCGGACAAUUUCGUCGAAAGUCAACUCACCUCAGAGGCUUUGGAUUCCGCCUCUCAUAGUCAUGACAGCUCUGGGAGCUCAUUUUCAUCCGACGGACGGCGGAAUGCGAGCGGAUUCAAGGUCAGAACGAUCCAACGAGGGGUUACGAAUGAAGCAGACAAGCUGCUUGAGUAUCUGGAGGUUGGCAUAUUCGAUGCGCUCGAGAAACAGUACCUGCGCAGCAUUAUCUUUGCCAUAUAUCUGGACGACCAAGAUCCCAACAACAUCGUUGAAGCGUACACUUUCAACUUCUCGUACUGCACUGUUCCAGGGACCCAAAACACCAUACCUAUCAUGUCUCUGGACGAAGAGUUGACGAAAAUGUCGCUCUCGGGGCAUUCUUCGACCAAUGAUCCCGUGGCAGCAGCGAUGCAGCAAGGGAGACGUCCUACGCUUGGCGAAGUCAAACGUAGCCUUAAGACCCUUGUGAAAACGCUCAUUCAAGCGAUUACUCAAAUGGAUCCUCUUCCCAAUCGACGGUUUGCAACUUUCAAGCUCUUCUACCACGACAAUACGCCGGAAGACUACGAACCGCCUCAUUUCCGAGCCGGGGACGUGGAGAAAGAUCGGUGGUUUCUGUCCACUCAUACGCAGUGCGAGAUUCCGGAUCAUUUCAGCUCGGAGGAUUGCAAUGCGUUCCAAGGCACUAUGAAGGGCGCUAUCGGGUCGGCACCCCCUCUCACCCCAGUGAAAGAAAUUGCAGCCCGCGGGCAGCAGAUCCAGGAACAGCGACGAGACGCGGAAGACCGCACGAUCAUGUGGGAUGGCGAUUUUGGCCAUGGUCGAAGGGACGACGUGGUGAAAGUCGAUGGGGGUCCCCCCACCAAGGUUACUCUGCUCGGAAUAAGAGGCGGAGACGGUCUUCCUGUUCCUCUUGUUGCCCCGCAAGCAACUGUCGUUGAAGCAGAGUUCGACGGUCAUCAGUACGUCGGAGAGGCCCAGGCUGUGCCUUCGGGCAUUGCUCAACUGAUGUAUGAUACCGACCAGCCCGGGCGUGAGGUUCCCCCCACUCAAGUCGUUGAUUCUCAAGACGUUACUACCCCAAAAGCUCAUCGCCUAAACCCCGGGCGCCCUGGCUGCGAAUCCCCUCUCCCGCCGUCCGACUCUAUCUCAUCUGUACCCCAGUCAGCGGAGACAAUCGAUACGCAACAUCUUAAAGAUAUCAUCCUUGCUGAAGAUCCAAUCGUGGAGGACAGUAUGAUUCUUGAUACAGAAACACAACAGAUCCCAGCAGUUGCAGCUGACUCCCAGGAGUCUAUACAAUCGUUCUCCCAAGAUGCUUCCAUGGAACCAGUUGAAGACCUAAUUCUGCCUGAAUGUGAAUGCGGCGUUCAGGUCGAAGACUGUGACCUCGUAUCCUGUAAAGGCGGGUGUGAACGACGUUUCCAUUUGUGGUGUAUGGGCUUCCAUUCUUCCCAGGAUCACCGGGUGCCGGAGAAGUUUAUUUGCUUUGAAUGUCGCGUUAAAGCAGACUGUAACUGGCAUUUGAUUGAGGUCCAUGGAAUCUUCCCCCAUAUCAUAGCUAGGUUCAAGGAUCUUGCCAUACAGCGGCGGGGAAUCAAGAUUUUCGAGACCCACGGUCCAGACUCUCCGGCGACAUUCACUAAACUGAUCGGUUGCGAGUCCACGGUUGCGGGACAAGUUUUCAAACGCCUCGAAGCAGAGGGGUUUAUUGCCCAAGAAAUUCAAGAUGAAGAUGAAUCUGGUUUCAUGCAAACGACUACUCUGGCUACGAGGCAGAAGGCGAAGGGAGCGAAAGGGAAGACGCGUGGUGCCAAAGCUACGACUCGUCGUAAGAACAUGAAGAAACCCGUCUAUGUCUUCGUACAAACGAUCAGGAACGAUGACAUCUAUAAAGACUACUUCAAUCCCAGUGCUGAAACCGAGAGAAGACUGCUUCGUAUCGAAGAGCUGAGGAAAGGUCGAAGCGCCGAUACCGACCUUGCCCUAGGACUCAAGAAGAUCAAGAUAUCACUCCCGGUGCCUGUCGAUCUUGAAGCGUGA